CCACAGCUGUGAAAAGACGGUCUGAGUGCAGUCAGCCAGGGUGAGUCACUGGUUCACAGUCAUUAUUCCCAUAAUUUAAAGAAACAACUACCUAUAUCAAAACACAUGAAUAUCCCAGCCCAGCUACACCACAGCCACGCCCACUUGGUGUUUAAAGAAGGGAGACUUGAGAAGAGCAGACAGAACCAAAUCCUGAGGUUAGACAGCACUGACGGGAGCCAACAAAGAUAAUAUAUAAGACAACAUUCUGAAGUUCUGCAAAAUUAUUUUAAACAGAUCACCCAACACUGCCUAUAAAAGGAGAAACGGCACAUUAAGGAUAAGAGGAAGCAAAUAUGAACCUGUCACUCAUCCUGUCGUUAGUGGCAACGGUCCUCUCCUGCACUGAAACGGUGUUAGCAAAGCGUUGGCACCGGGAAAAACUGUCCCAGCUUGCAGAUGAAACAUACAAAGAGAGAGAGUGUCUAGUCGGAGCUGGGGAAAGUUAUAGGGGCUUGAAGGCGGUCUCAGCAAGGGGUCACCGGUGUCUCCCGUGGACUCGUUUCCAGAUGAUCGGAGCUGACGUUCUGGGACUGGGAGAACAUAACUACUGCAGGAACCCUGACAAGAGUUUGCGGCCAUGGUGCAGAGUGAAGCGAAGAACAAGGAUUGUCAGAGAGCUAUGUGACAUUCCUGAAUGUGAUCCAGAGACUGGUUCUCCUACUGUUCUCCCUGGUGGCACCUCAAUUUCUAGAGCUCCUCUCCCCCCGCAGAUGGACACAGAGUUCACAUGUGGCGAGAAAGAGGAGAGGCGGUUCAAGGUGGUGGGCGGCAAUGUGGUGUCCAUAGAGGCGCAGCCAUGGAUGGCAGCAAUUUUCAUUGACAAUCGUUACCAGUGUGGUGGCAGUCUCAUCGCCCCCUGCUGGGUCCUCACAGCGACUCACUGUCUCAUCGGGGAUGAUGAUGAAGUGAUGUCAGCACAACUCAUGACCGUGUACCUUGGGCGAAGCAGCAUCGUUAAGAACGACAGCAUCAGAGAGCAGAAAUUCUCAGUGGAACAGCUUUUUGUACACCCGGACUACAGUAAUAAUGAAGGGAACUACAAAAACGAUAUAGGCCUUCUGAAGCUUCGGGCCAAGCACGGCGUGUGUGCGUUGCAAAGCCCCUCUGUGCGGACGGUGUGUAUGCCCCCUCCGCACAUCAUGCUGCCCCCGGGGGCCAUCUGUAGUGUGGCAGGAUACGGCAAGACGAGCCAAGGAGCGUGGCAGUACUCAAAUGACCUCCGCCAAGCCAAGGUGGCACUGCUGUCCCAGAGUGUUUGUGAGGACCGGGAAUACUAUGGAAAGCUCAUCACAAAAAACAUGUUCUGUGCCGGGAGUCCUGACUGGAAAACAGACUCCUGCCAGGGUGACUCUGGCGGCCCUCUUGUGUGUGAGGUCGGGGGGCGUGCCUUUGUCUUUGGCGUGGUGAGCUGGGGAGACGGUUGUGCUCGCAACAAAAAACCAGGGGUUUACACCCGCCUCACCAACUACAACACCUGGAUCUCACAGAAAACAAGGCUUCCUGCCUAUACUGCAGGGCUUAUGUACCCCCAGAAAUAACCCAUUAACCUUAUAAUCACUGACCCUACAAUGCAGGGACUUGGCGUAAUACCUCUUUCUGAAAAGUAAUGAGUUGUGCAGGCAUUCAGGAGGGCCGAGGGCACUAACUCUGCUUCUGGCACAUUCAGCUACAUUCUAAGCUAAGCAAGACAUGCGUAAAUGUACAUAUGUCUAUUUAACAGAUAUAAUGUCGAACUCCAAAAGAUUGAUCAGGAAGAGGUGGAACUAAAUUUUUAGAGAUUCUUCAGUUUUGAUGUCACACUGUUUUUGCUACUAAGAUGCUGCUGACCUGCACAAGUUACUUUUUACAAUUUCAAAUGUAUUUAUUUUAUAUAUUUUGGGGAAGUGUUUUUAAAUUAUUUUUUUUCCAACUGUAAGAUUUAUUUUUGUACUUUAUACAUUUUAUAUUUAUAGGAGCUAUUUCUUUGUUGGCACAGAAAAGGAAAUGCAGCAACAUUUUCUUAUGUACGAUUGAGUGUUGUUCUGGGAGCAGGCUCUCCUGUACCAUCACUCGUGUUCAAUUAUGAUUAUUUAUUCUUAAUAAACUCAAAUUCCCACAAAAAAUGUUUCUGUAGCUUGAAU